GUUCCUGAGCUAUGGAUAUCUACCUGAGCGACAGCAUUUUUAGUGAACUGCAGUCCGUCCAUGAAACAGGGUAUUACAACGCACAGCUUUCUCUCGAGGACCGAUGGCAGCAGGUGAGAAUAUUUGAUCUUUUUUGCUCAUAAAAGCGUGAAGAAUUUCAUCUUCCUCUUCUCGAGUAAUAUAGAUUAAUGUUGUAGUGAAAAUAUAAGUGAAGCCAUGCCAGAACAAACUUGUACCAUCUUCUGUUUGAAAGCCUACACGACGAAACGAUUAUGGAAAUGGAACGGUACUUGAAGGAAGAACCAAAGUCCUUCAAAUGCCUAGAUGCAAGCCCGUGGGAUCGUUUCUCGCUGAAAGGGACGAAGUUUGUCGAGGACCUAGAAAGCAGUGCUAGCAGUCUGACGGACGGUGGUAACAGCAGUGGUGGUGAGGACCGACUGUCUGUAUCAGAUUUAGAUGCAGAACCCCUCGAGAAGAGCCGGCGUAUGGCCGCUGUGAAGGAUGCUCGGCCCCGCUAUGAUGUCCUGGAUGGAAGUAAGCGGAGGAUCCACAAGUGCCAAUUCAGUGGGUGCAAGAAAGUCUACACGAAAUCCUCUCACCUUAAGGCUCAUCAGAGGACGCACACAGGUGAGAAACCAUACAAGUGUCAAUGGGAGGGCUGUGAGUGGCGUUUUGCACGAUCGGACGAGUUGACGCGCCAUUUUCGGAAGCACACAGGCUCCAAGCCAUUCAAGUGCAGUUUUUGUGACCGCUGCUUCUCUCGCUCCGACCACUUAGCGCUGCACAUGAAGCGGCAUCAGUGACCGCUGGACCAAUGCCCUAGUCCAUUGCCUACUUUCUUUUUACACGAACGCUUUUUGUAAAACAAUUUUUUAUACGAGGACCGUUUUGCAUGGGUUCAUCCCCUUUUUCGGACAUAGUCCGGGCUCGGCGUCGGGCCUGGAACACACUUCUGGAGGAAAAUGGCCACUCGAUUGGCAGUCACGUGAUUCUCUUCGAAUGAUCGGUGGCACGUGACUGUAAUCGAUUAAGAACUAACAUUUUUGCUUUUCCCUUCGGUUUCUUCACGUGUUCAUUUUAGUGAUGCUGGUCGAGAGAACAUUCCCACGUUAUUUUUGUAAUUUUUCAUAUUUGUCACUGCCUUUGCAUCGAAAGAUAUGUCGGAAAGUCACGUGGCGGCCGUUCGGGCGUGUCUGGACUAUGACGACGAAGCCGAAAACCGACACCACCUAUUGCAGAUGGAAUGGGUUGGCUAUGACAUCGACCAUUACCAGUGAAAAUACUCGGCUGCUUGAAAAUAGCACGAGCUCAAACGGACCUUUACUUCAUCAUCGGUUUUUUUGGAAUUCGAAGUCAGAACGCCUUGCCUCAACUAGUCGGUGCUUACGAGACACGAUCACGCCUUAGUUGCAUUAUAAACUAAGAAAUAAAGCGUUAAGUUUUGUCAAAUUCAUUUACAUUGAGCGUCUGUAUAUAUAUAUAUAUAUAUAUAUAUGGAAAAUCAUUCAUUCUAUCGUCAAUCGUAACUGUGUUCCUCGCGUUGAUUUUGUUGUGCGUUUGUAAAUACUGCAUUCGUCAGAAAAAUUAAAAACAAAGAAAAAAAAGCUGAAUGUUUAAUGAAAAUCAAAUGAAAUAAAACAAGUAUUCUGCGUGUCAUUCAGUAUAUUAACAUGCUUAGUAUUCUCUAAAUGCAAAUGAACAUUCUCUGAAGUACUUUUACAAAUGGCUCUUUCUUGUGCUUUAAAAUAACUACUGCCUGUGCUUCGAUCUCUUCUCUGAAUGCUUACUACUUGUUGCUGCUUGAAGGAUAUCGAGAGCCAUUUAGCGUGCAAAAUAUCAGCUACAUGGCGUUAAACGACUGUGUGAUACCAGUAGAUGGGCAAUUUGCUGAUUAGUACUCAUGUGUGUUGAAGCAAACUAUUACUGCGUACAACUCCUGUUCGUGUGAUUUGCUAUUUUGGUACGAUUUGUAAUGAUAAUUUGCAUUUUUGAAUUAUUGAAGUUGAAAGCUAUUUUGGUUUAAACGACGCAUUUAAAAGUACUCAGUCUUUUUUAAAAAUCUAGACCUGGGUGCGUUUUUUGCACGCUACUGGCACAAAUUUUUGUCGUAAAAAAAACUUUUGUAAAAGUCGAAUUCGAUAUUGAAAGCCUUACUAGAUUAGUUAUUAUAGAGUUGUUUAAGACAUAUGCAUGGCAAAGAUUUAUUAUGUAAAUUGUUUUCUUUAAAGAUAUAAUGCAUUUCUGAAAAUAAAUAUAUUUGUUUCUAA